AUGUGGGCUGUCUACAGCAACCGAGCCGGCCCGCCGAAGGAAGGAAGCCGCCGCUCGCAAAACGCCUUCGUCACCAAGAAGGAACUCUCCAUUGACGUCUUGACCUCGAGUCGUGCGCCCCCAAUCCCCUUCAGCAUCAGCACCAUCGCCAACGCCAUCUCCGCCGCCAGCUUCCCCGCCCCCGACUGCUCCGCCCCCGCCCUACCCGCCGCCCUACCCGCCACUGCUCCCAAGUUCCCCCUUCCCUCUGCAAGUGAUGCUCGUUGCAGGCCCGCUGCCGCGGGCGGCACCACCUCCACCACCACCACCACCACCACCACCUCUGCCUCCGCCGAGCUCGCCUUCGAUCGCGCCCACGCCGCCACCAUCUCUGCCCCCGCCGAGCUCGCCUUCAAUCGCGCCGCCUCUCAUCGCGCGGGUGCAGGCACCAUUGAUGGAGAUGCCGCCGUCACCACCAUUGAUGGAGAUGCCGCCGUCACCGGUGCCAAAGUCACUUGUGCAUCAGAUGCCGCCUCAGAUGCCGCCGGCACUUAUGCCCUCUCCGAAGACGAGCAUGCCCUCCCGGAAGGAGAUGGUGCCCUCGAUGCUGUCGGCGGUGGAGCGGGCAUGGAGGCAACUGCUGAGAUGGCGCGAAUGCAGCUCGAUGCCGACGAGUACUUUGCGCAGCAGCGUGCCAUCGAAAAGCAGUGUCGUGACCAGGGUGCGUCCACAGAGUUGACUGAGCAGCAGCGCCGCACUUGGGAGUCGACGAUGUACAAUGUCGGCCGCGACGAUUGCCGUCCCGACAGCACUGGUGCAGACUACGUCUUUGUCGAGGACAUUCUCACGAAAAUUCGGGAGUGGGCAAAGAUCGCGGCGAGGGGAGAGAGCUACCCAGUCUUCAACCUACUCAGCUCCAGCACUCAGUUCGCUCUGGCCUGCAUAGGAGUCAGCGACUUUUGCUUCAAACCGUACUUUGAUGCCCCCACGACGUCGCGGCUGUGGGUGAAGUUCUCUCGGCUGUGUGCGGUGCAGUGGGCCACUCUCCGCACGCUCCAGCUGGAAGCGGAGAAACGCAUGCACGGCACGGAGGCAAACCGCAAGGAGGCGAACUUGCUACAGGCGGCGAUGCCCAUGAACACGUCGCCACUUUGGCACGACGACCAGCCGGAGAAGAUUUUCUUGCAGACCCUGCUCAAGCCCGACGACGCCCACGCGGUCGUGGAUGCAAGUGGCUUCCGGAGGAACUCUGGUGGCAACACAAAGAACAGGAUCUCCACUGAACAGUCUAUCUGCCUCGUGACAGCAGAUGAGUUCGAGCUUGGGAAGAAGACUUGUCCCUGCCUCUUCGAUAUGUUGGAUGAGGAGGCUGCUAGCCGGGUGCGGCAGUGCCCCAUCUGGUCGCAGAUUGUCACCGACCUGACAUCCGUCGUGAGCGACAAACGGAUGUGUGACGAGGAGCGAAUCUAUGCGCUGAUGUGCCUCACUGUCGUCCUCGCAAACGCCCAAAACCUGAGUGGGUCCGCGGCCGCUCUCGGCGUCAUCAAGACGGGCACCCCGCCCGUGUCUCUGCGCGCCGAUGAGGUGCCGUCCUACGAUGUAUGCGUCUUUGGACUCUCCAGCGAAAGUGCCCUCGCUCAGCUGCGGUCGCUCGCCGACGCCGCUCGUGAGAGGCCGUCGGUCGUGCUCUGUGCGUGCCUCUGCGUGCUGCUCGCGGCUUGCUACGCCCUGUUUGCCUUCGCCGCGGACGUCACGACUCAGAAUGCGCCCGAGCACCGGCCCGACGACCACGACCGCGCCGACGCGAUGCUGGCCACUCCCAGGAUGCGCUUGCUCCGGCGAGGCAUGCUGAUGCUCGAUGUGGCUCGCCAUCCCGAGAAGCUGCGCGAGGACCUGAAGCGGCGGUCGCGGACGAACCGCAUCAUCCGCAACGACGAGCAGGGCGGCGGCCUCACCCACCUCGAGGUGCCCCGCCACCCUCACGCCAGCGGCCCGGCUGACCUCUCGCCGGACCUCGCUGCCGCGGACGGUGUAUCCUCUGCCGGCGGCGCUGCGGCGGUGGGCUCCUCCUCCUCUGGGGCGGGCAGCGGCGGCGGCGGCGGCGUGCGGUCCGCCGCCGCCGCCGCCGCAGAAGCCGCCGCCGCCGCCGCCGCCGCCGAGCCCCGCACGCCGGCGGACGGGCUCGAAGCGCACUGGGCGAGGGUUCUCUCCUCAGUGGAGGUGCUCUCGCAGCUGGACGGGCAGCACCUCGCCGCGCUCGCCGCGCUGGCGACGGUGCGCAAGUACCAGCGUGGCGACCGGCUCCGCUCUCCGCACCAGGCGCGCAUCUCCGCUGGCAUCUCCGCAGCGGCCGAGAGCGGCGGCAGCGGCGGAAACGUCGUCGACGCGAUCGCCGCCGGCCUCGCCGCCGCCAGCGGGCCGCAGGACGAGGCGGCGCCGUCGGCGGAGGCGGCCCCGCUCCGCACGUUCCGAGCAGGCAGCCGCUGCUCCUCUUUCCUCGACCUGCUCCACGCGCUCACCACGCCGGUCGCCGGAUUCGUGCCCGCGCUCCCGUUCCGCUCCGCCUCCGCCGCCUCCGCCGCCGCCGCGCCGGGCGUACUCGCCGCCUCGAGCAGCGCCAGUCUGCUUGAGAUCCCGACCGAGGCGCUGCGCCGGCCGGCGGAGCGGAACCUUCUCGGAACCGCGCUGCACCGGCUGGCGGAGCGGAACCGGCCCCUCGCCUUCGGGCUGGUCGAGGUGGUGCUGCUGCGGCUCGCCCUCGUCACCUGCGACACCAUCGCGUCGUACAUCGAGCUCCCGCCCGCACUCUGCCCGAAGCCCGCCCUCGCCGCGCCGCCCUCGCUGCCCGGCGCGUGGCGCGCGCCCGAGCUGGCUGCCUUGCGCCUCUUCCGCGCACCUUCGUCGACCCCUCCGUGUAG